AUGAAUCUACCGAUUCCUAAAGUAUACAACAGUGCUGAUAAACUUUUUCAAACAGUUCAAAGAUAUGCAAUUUCUCAGGGUUUUGCAUUAGUAAAAAAAAGAACUCGAAAGAAUCAACGUGGUGAAUUAAAAAAUAUGGAUAUAUGUUGUGAUAAAGGAGGUGUUUAUAAUAGUUCUUCAGGUCCUGAUGAAGAAACAAGAUGUAGACAAGGAAGUUUUAGACUCAUUAACUGCCCCUAUGAAUUGCGUGCUGCUCGACGUAAUAAUGAAUGGCAUCUGGAGGUUUAUAAUAAUGAGCACAAUCAUAUUUUUGAUAAUGACAUAUCAGGACAUCCAAUUGCUCGUCAACUUUCGGAGCAACAGUUGGAAACUGUUACAGCAAUGACAGCAGCUGGUUCUCGCCCCAGAGAAAUUGUGUCAACUCUUCGUCAUAAUGAUACAUCAACAUUAGUUAUAAACAGAGAUGUUUAUAAUGCUCGUGAAUGGCUUCGUCAACAAAAUCUUGCUGGUCGUAGCCCUAUUCAAGCACUCAUAGAUGAACUUAAAGAAGGCAAUUUUACAUAUAAGUAUGAAUGUAAUGAUACAGGCUCUAUUACCUACCUUUUCUUCAUGCAUAAUGAAUCUAUUGCCCUCACUCGUCAGUAUUCUUCUGUUGUUCUUAUGGACUGGGAAGAAAAAAUUGAUUACCAAUGGGCUCUGGAUCAUUUUGCUCGCUUGUUUAAUGAUGUGCCAAAGCCAGGUGUUAUUGUAACAGAUAGGAAGACUGCCCUUAUGAAUGCACUUAAAAUAACUUUUCCGAAUUCAGUAAACUUAUUAUGUGUGUGGCAUAUCAGUAAAAAUAUUUUAAAGAACUGUAAACCACAGUUCCCAAGAGAAACUGAAAAUACAAAGAGUAAUGAAUGGAAAUCUUUUCUCUCAAAAUGGAAUGAAAUCGUUCAAUCAGUAACAGAAAAAGAGUUUGAAGAAAAGUGGAGUGCAUUUUGUAUUACUUACACCAAUAAAUCCCGUAUUAUUGCUUAUCUUGAAGAUACUUGGUUGCCAUUAAAAGAAAAGUUUGUUGCUGCAUGGACAAAUUUAUACUUUCAUCUAGGAACAACUGUAACCUCUCGUGUAGAAGGUGCACAUUCAACUUUUAAAGCCUAUUUACAAGUGUCAACAGGUGAUCUUUACUGGGUAGUAUCUAAUCAAAAGAAAGAAUUUGAUGCGAUGGUUGCAUCUGAACGUAUCCAUAUUCCACUUUUUGCGCUCAAUAAUCCUUUAUAUAUGAAUAUUAAAGGAAAAGUUACAACUUUCGCCCUUAGAAAGAUAAAUGAGCAGCACCAAAAAGCAAACCGUGCAACA